AUGAACAAAUGUAAGAAGUCUUAUGUUAACCUGACUACAAACCUUGACAAGUUCAGUCCUGAAAUUCUUUCUGAAACUGAGAAGCUCUUUGCGAAGAAGUUUACUUACAUUAAGCCGGUGAAUAAUGAGUGGCAGCUUCCAGAUCCCAGCGAUGCUUUUACGUGUGAUCACAAGGAAUUUGACUCACUCCUGGCUCUGAAGGACUCCAUGAAUGAUGUGAAGAAUCAGCUCAGUGAUAAGAACCUGGAUGAAUGGCAUCAGCACACCUCGUUUACCAAUAAAGCAGGGAAAAUAAUUCCUCAUGUGAAGAAAUGGCUGAAUGCUGAGCUGUGUACCCAAGCAUGGUGCAAGUUCCAUGAGAUCUUGUGCAGUUUUCCUCUUCUCUCUGAAGAAGCUCUUCAGGAUGGAGAAUUGAAUUCUGUCCACCUCUGUGAAGCACCUGGAGCGUUUAUAGCCAGCCUCAACCACUACUUGAAAUCCCACCAUGUCCCUUGUGACUGGAAUUGGGUAGCAAAUACUCUAAACCCGUAUCAUGAAGCCAAUGACACCCUUAUGAUGAUCAUGGAUGACCGUCUCAUAGCAAAUACCUUGCCUUGGUGGUACUUCGGCCCAGAUAACACUGGUGACGUAAUGACAUUGAAACAUCUAACAGGACUUCAGAACUUUGUAAGUAAUAUGGCCACAGUUCACUUGGUGACUGCUGAUGGCAGCUUUGAUUGUCAGGGGAAUCCGGGUGAACAGGAGGCUCUUGUUUCACCCCUUCAUUACUGUGAAACAGUCACUGCUUUAAUGAUCCUGGGCACUGGAGGGUCCUUUGUUUUGAAGAUGUUCACGCUGUUUGAACACUGUUCUACCAAUCUGCUCUUUCUGUUAAACUGCUCUUUUGAGGAGGUCCAUGUGUUUAAGCCAGCCACUAGCAAAGCCGGCAACUCAGAGGCCUAUGUAAUUUGCCUUCGUUACAUGGGCAGGGAGAGCAUCCAUCCACUGCUUUCUAAGAUGAUGCAGAACUUUGGAACAGAAAUAGUCAGCAAAGCACUUUUUCCCCAGCAUGUUCUACCAGAAUCUUUCCUUAAAAUACAUGAAGAGUGUUGCAUGUUCUUCCACAAGUGCCAGGUAGAAACUAUCUCUCAGAACAUCUGUCUCUUUGAGUGCAUGGGAGAAGCGGAGCAGAUGAAGCUGAACAAGUUAAGAGAUUGUGCAGUGGUGUUCUUCAUGCAGAGGUUUCAUCUGAAACCCAUUGCCAGAAAGAACUGGCUUGUCAGAAAAUCUCAGACUGGUUGCAGUAUGAAUGCAAAAUGGUUUGGGCAAAGAAGCAAAUAUUUUAGUACAUACAAUGAAAGGAGGAUGCUGGAAAACCUCACGUGGAAUGAGAAACUGGCAAAGGGCUAUUUUAAUCACUGGGCUGAAGAGCAUAGUUUAAAUAAUGGCGGGAAAACAUGCAUCCUGGAAGGAUUGUCUUCUGCCCUCGAGUGUAGCUUGUGGUACAUUUUGGAAGGAAAAAGACUACCAGUGGUAAAAUGUUCCCCAUUUUGUGAUGGUCAGGUCUUGGAAAAUCUGAAUGAAGCGCUGAACGCAUUGAUGGGGGGGAGUCUGAAGAGCAGACAGAUAGUGCAGACAUGUCAGUCGUGUGAAGUGCUUCCUGGGGAACUGAUACUGGCAGAAGUGUCUGAUCUCUCCAGAUGUCAUCAGGAAGUCCUAAAUGGAAGAUGUGGUGGCCAAUUCAAGUGCCUUGUGGUAGACUUCCCCCUCCUUUGCGAUAUUGAAAGCCAACCCAGUAUGGAAACAAAGCUCCUGGACUCAUCCACACUGAUGACAUUUAGCUUCUCUUUGCUUUAUGAUGGAGAACCAAAGUACCAGCAGCAGCUUUUGGAGUGUGUUCUGCAUUCGUUGGAUCAGCUGACAGUGGGAGAUGCAUUGAUUUUGCCUAUUCUCUCUUGUUUUACACGCUUCACAGCUGGCCUGGUCUUUAUAUUGCACUGCUGCUUCAGAUGCAUCACAUUUGCUUGUCCAACCUGCCCUGAGCCCCUGAGGAGCUGCACUGCUUUGCUGUGCAUUGGUUACCAAGGCCUCCCAUAUCCAGUUGUCCAAUAUCUGCAGCAUCUGAAGGAACUAAUGAGUUCUUUGCUCGACACAGACUCUCCCCAGCAAGUUUUGCAGUUUGUGCCCAUGGAGGUUCUCCUCCAGGGCAAGCUGUUGGAGUUCUUAUGGGAUUUAAACACAGCCAUUGCCAAGAGACAGCUUCACUUGAUUGUGGAAGCUACGCAGCAGCAAAUGACUAGUGAUGUUUCACUUUAA